AUGGCCAAGACUUCGCGGAAUCCCUAUGGACUUGUGGAGGUUCGAGAGGCUGAAUUCGACCGAGCAUUCACUGGCGCCUUUUUUGCAAAAGCCUCCACAUCACAACAGGAUACCGCCGACUACCGCUUGUACAUGGGGGCCUGGCGGGAUGCAUUUUGGGAAUUCCGCGCCACUCUCGUCCUCCUCGACAAAAGGACCCUCGAGGUAGAUGAGCUCAAGCGCAUCCUGCAAGCUCGACUUUGCCUGCAACCAUAUUGGAGCUCCACAAUCAUCGCCAACGUGACCAAGCCAUUUAACGCAGAACAACUUCGCUUCAAAGACGAUCUGGUGCAGAUUUUAGAUCAUGUCGUUGACAUCGCAGAGCAGGAGUACAAUAAGCACACGGCCGUCAAUGAUCACGACGCUGGUGACGGUGCGACGGGUUAUGCGUACGAUGACGUUGACAAGAUCAUAUUGUAUUCUGGCCACGAUCCUAUGCAUUAUGAGGGUGUCGCGCUGGAGACGGUAGAAGGUGUGCUAGAGAAUCACGUCGACGGUAUACCGGCGUGGGAAGUCCUGGUAUCGGCUUUGAAGGAGCACUCUGGCGAGUUCCUGGAGGCAGAGGCGUGA